CCAUGACAGUUAUGACAGAUGACUUUUGAACAAAAACGAAGAGGAACAAAUUAGUUGUUUUGGUGUAAAUGUACAUGACUUGUGGUUUAUAAUUCAAUUCAGUUUUUCAAAUUUGAAAACUUGGAAUAUUUCCUAGUUCAACUAACAAUAUAAAAUAGCCAACAUGGAGUCAAUAGCCACUGAUUCUGGUAAAAUCGUCAAAAUGGAAGUGGAUUAUAGUGCUACUUGCGACGAAAAAAUUCCCGAAUGUCAAAAAUUGGCCAAAUCUGGCAAACUACAUGAUGCCCUCGACCAGUUAUUGGCUUUAGAAAAGCAAACCAGAACUGGAGCGGACAUGAUUUCUACAGGCAGAGUACUAGUUGCAGUGUGUCAAAUUUGUAAAGAAGCAAAAAACUGGGCUGCUCUUAAUGAACACAUAGUGCUUUUGACAAAAAGAAGGUCGCAGUUGAAACAGGCGGUAGCAAAAAUGGUCCAGGAAUGCUGCACUUAUGUUGAUGAGACACCUGACAAAGAAACUAAGGUCAAACUCAUUGAUACGUUAAGGCAAGUUACAGAAGGAAAGAUAUACGUUGAAGUUGAGCGGGCUCGCCUAACUCAUAAGUUAGCUAAAAUUCGCGAAGAAGAGGGUAAUAUUGAAGAGGCUGCGAAUAUCAUACAGGAACUGCAAGUUGAAACUUAUGGCUCUAUGGAAAAACGUGAAAAAGUAGAGCUGAUUCUAGAACAAAUGAGACUAUGUCUUGCCAAGCAGGACUAUAUUCGUACACAAAUCAUAUCGAAAAAGAUCAAUACUAAGUUCUUUGAAGAUGAAGCUGCCUCCGAUCUGAAGCUUAAAUAUUAUCGCCUGAUGAUGGCAGUUGAUCAACACGAAGGAUCUUAUUUGGCUACCUGCAAACAUUACAGGGCUGUUUUGAACACCCCCAGCAUCAUGGCUGUUCCGGAAGAAAGACAAAGUGCUGCGCAAGCAGUUGUUUUAUACCUCAUCCUUGCUACUCACGACAGUGAACAAGUUGACUUGACUCAUAGGGUGUUGGCAGAUAAAAUUUUGGAAGAGAUUCCAUUAUACAAGCUACUUUUGAAAUUGUUUACUACUCCGGAACUGAUAAAAUGGUCUGGUUUAUGUGAGGUGUACGAAAAACAGCUGAAAUCCACACCUGUUUUUUCUGAAGAUGAGGCUGCAACAAAGAGAUGGGCAGAUUUAAAAUCAAGAGUCGUGGAACACAACAUCCGAGUCAUGGCCAAGUAUUACACCAGAAUCAGGAUAACCCGAAUCGCCGAACUUCUUGAUCUCUCUCCUGCCGAGACUGAGGAUUUCCUUUCCCAGAUGGUCGUCAGCAAGUCCAUCCAAGCUAAAACGGAUCGGCCCGCUGGAGUGGUGCACUUUCAACAAACCAAAGAUCCUAGCGAUGUUCUAAAUGACUGGGCCCACGAUCUCACUCAGGUCAUGCAGAGAGUUAACAAAAUCACACAUCUUAUCAAUAAGGAGGAGUGUAUUCAUAAGAACCUUCAGGCUGUGGCAUAACAGUUCUUUUUGAGUUUGUAACGCUGGAUUUAACAAUAAAACCUAGUUUGACA